AUGAAUUUAUUCAACUCGGCUCUCGGGAAAAACAUCACGUUUGUUCAUCCUGCGUACUUCAUAAUAAGUGGCUUAUCCGGCAUCCCAGACAUGAAGUAUUACUAUGUCUUUCUCUGUUUUGUUUAUAUCUUUUCAGUGCUUGGAAACACAGCUGUGAUGGCAGUAAUAUACUUGGAUCAUAAUCUGAGAACUCCAAAAUAUAUUGCAGUUUUUAAUCUAGCAUUUGUGGACCUGUUUGGUAGCUCUGCUCUGGUGCCGAAGCUUCUUGACAUCUUUAUGAUGAACCAUCGCAACAUCCCCUACAACGACUGCUUGACGUUUCUUUUUUUCUGCUACACCUGCCUUGGCAUGCAAUCAUUUAAUCUGGUUGCACUCUCCUAUGACAGACUUAUUGCCAUCAUCUACCCUCUGCACUAUCAAGUGAAGGUGACCCACAGGUUCAUGCUGUCUAUGAUUGCCUCUUUCUGGGUCUUUGUUAUAAUUGCUGCACUUAUUUCAGUUGGCCUUCUCACAAGACUUUCCUUCUGUAAAUCUGUGGUUAUUAACAGCUAUUUCUGUGACUAUGGCCAGAUAUACAGGCUGGCAUGCAAUGACUAUUUCCCUAAUUAUGUCAUUAGUUGUCUGUUCCCUGCUCUUACUUUUUGGGGUCCAUUCGUUUUUAUCUUGUUAAGUUACCUAUAUAUUGGCUGCACUUUGGCUAAAGUGGCAAGCGUUCGAGAAGGUCUCAAGGCCUUUAAAACAUGCACAGCUCAUCUCUCAUUGGUGGCAAUAUAUUUCAUUCCAGUGUUAAUCACAUCCGGCAGUACUCUAAUGGACAAUAUACAUCCAAAUGCCAGGAUCAUGAACCUGUCUUUGACCUCUAUUUUUCCUCCCAUGUUGAACCCAAUCAUUUAUGUUCUGCAGACACAAGAAAUCAAAAAAUCUGUGAAAAGGUUAUUGAAAAUCAGAGGGAAAUCCAAAGUAAUUAAGAAAUUAACCAUAACGUGA